AGGCAUUGCAGUGCUCACAGCGAGGUUCGAUGUAUCCCAUCCCAUCAGCAUCGACGUCGCCACCCGCAGGCCGCACCCGCACGUCGCCGAGAAGCGGUCCCCAUCAGGCAUCAGCCGGGCUCCCUGCCUGGCUGCCUUCUCUCUCUCAACACUCUGCUCACCUCCUGCCCCGGCCGGAAUAAGUGUUGUGGACGUGCGUGCCGCGCACACUCCCCGCCGCCCCCAGCGACGCCAAAUGCUCUGCACCGAAUCCCAAUCAUCGUCCUCCCUGCGCCGCAACUUGGCAACUUGUGCUUCGUCACGUUGCCAUUGCCACCACCAACCGAGCCUAGAGGGAAAGAAAUCUUGGAAAGGUGUGGUGUGACCCCUGCUGCUGCUGGUGCCAGAUUUGCUCGCGUUCGAGGCCUCCUUUUGUUUCCGCUAGAUUCUGCCAAGAUCAGCGAUUCCCUCCGCCAGCAGAAUCGCUCGCUCUCUUUCCAUCGAGCGUGCAUUCUUUUCUGCUGCUGAGUCGGGCAGGAUCGGCGUAACCCCUCCAAACCCCAGACCUUUGUCCAGCAGCCUCGCGCCCUCGCCGCGUUGGUAUGGUUUUUCCUUGCCCCCCGUCCUAGUUGCUCUGUUCGCUUGAUUUCCUGGUCGAGGUUCUCGUGCGCUGUUCCAAUUUCGAGCUAAUCGUCCUGCUCCUGCCUAGCAUUAAUCCCCUUCUGUUCUUGGAGUUCACACACAUCCCGUGCGCGCGGAUUGCUGGUGCAGCAGUCGGCGGCGCCGCGUGCAUUUUGCAACCGCUUUCCAAGCACCAGCUGCAAGCUUUGGCCUUUUGCCCUUUUCCUCCUCCCGUCCCCGAAAUCCCGCAAGAAACUCGUCCCUUCUCACGAGUCACGAGUUUGGUGAGGCUUUGAAGCGAGCACAGUUCUCGUGAAUAUCGCAGUGGGGGUUGGAAUCCGGCAUCUCUGUCGGUCAGGCUGGGGUGGGAGUUUCCUCGUCGGAGAUGGAUGGGAAUUUGCCGCCGCGCACCCUGAUGCCAGGCGGAGGUCCAGGCCACUUCGAUCUGGGGCAGCCGUUCCACUUCGCCGCCCAGCCCCAGGCGGUCCGGGUUCACCAGGGCGUCUUCGCCGUCCCCGCCGCGAACCAGAUGCCGGAGCUCGGCAAUGUGGUGAAGGCAUCGCUGAGCGACGAGGAGGAGGAGGACGACGACGGCCACCUCGACCACGGCAAGGCGGCGGCCGCCUCCCAGUGGCACCGGGUCAAGUGGACCAGCGGCAUGGUCAAGCUGCUCGUGUCGGCCGUGUCCUACAUCGACGAGGACGUCGACGCGGACUACGGGACCAGCAGCGGGAGGAGGAAGCACGCCAUGCUCAAGAGGAUGGGCAAGUGGAAGCUGGUCUCCUCGGCCAUGACCGAGAGGGGGCUCGCGGUGUCGCCGCAGCAGUGCGAGGACAAGUUCAACGACCUCAACAAGAGGUACAAGAGGCUGACCGAGAUCCUCGGCCGCGGAAGGGCUUGCCAGAUCGUCGAGAAGCCAGAGCUCCUUGAACAGGUGAGCCUAUCUGCGAAGCUCAGGGAGGAGGCCAAGAAGCAUCUCAACUCCAAGCAUCUGCACUACGAGGAGAUGUGCUCCUACCACAACAGGAACCGCUACUGCCUGCUUGAUGAUCCUGCCCUCCAGAGGUCCCUGCGGAUGGCUCUUAGGGCUCCAGACGAACAGGGAAAGAAGUGCUCCUUUGGCUAUGAUGAUGAGGAUGACCAGAUGUUGCUUUCUGAUGAUGACGAUGAUGAUUAUGAUGACGAUGAGUUGCAUGAUGAUCUGGAGGUCAGUGCUGAGGAUCAUGGCCCUCACAGUCACAGAGUUCAUGCCACCAAGAAACUGAAGCAUGGCCAUGAGGAGGGACAUUGUGGGUCUCAUCUUUCAGAAGUUGCAGCUAUUGACAUGAACAGUAUGUUCUCUGAAGGAUCUGGUGGUCCAUCUGCUGAGAAGAAUUUAAGUUAUAUGCGUGCUCAAAUCGAGACACAACGUCUGAAUAUAAAAUCUCAGAAGCUGAGAACUGAGCAGAGGCAUUUCAAAUGGCUGAAGUUCAGCAGGGAGAAGGACAGGGAGUUGCAGAAAAUGAAGCUGGAGAAUGAAAAGAUGGAGCUGGAGAAUGAGCGACUGGAGCUGGAGCUGAAGCUUAAGGAAAUUGAGAUGGGCAUCAAACCAAAGAGGAUUUAGUGAUUGAAGGAUGUAAGCUGUAGAGCUAGAGGACUCUUAGAGUUUCUGGUAAUCCUUUUGUCUAUUGCAGUAGCUUACAAAUUAGGAUAUAUUACACAGUUUCAUCUUUGCUAACUGCAUGCCGGUUAAGUUAAUAAGUACAGUUUGACAUCUGAAUAUGGUGCUUAAAGAUACCAUUGCAUAUUUAUCCGGUUGGCUCUGUGUUAUGCUUUGAUUGA